UUUGCUCUGCAUAGACUAAUUUAAAUAAGUAAAUAGCGCCUCGUGGGGUUCGUUUAGCCGACUUUACAAGUGCGAAAUCGAGCAGAGGAUGUCUUCGAGAAUGUUCGCUACUACAUUUAUCGUACCCCCGCACGAAAUAAUGAAUCACGGGGAGAUAAAGGACGAAAGAGUUAACCAAUCUUUCGUACUUACCCCUAAACAAUCUAUCGGAUCUCAUCGAGUGGCUGGUGAGAAGAGGCCUUCUUGCAAAGGAAGUCUCAUGCGAGGCCUGCGAAGUUCCGAUACCACCGAGCGGGCCAAGAGGGAAGGAGGACUUUCGGAGGGAUCGAGAGAGGAUCCGGAAUAUGCUUCCUGGUAGAAGUGCCAGAUAGAACGGAGGAAACUUUGU